AGGGGAAAUCUCCGUGAGACGUGAGUACCCUGCCGUCGGGGAGUAGCAGAGAGAAGGACGCAGCGAUGGAGUUUUUCUCUGUGUUUGUCUCUGCUGUUUUUGUCUGUGUCGUCAGUGCUGGGAUCCCUCAUGAUGGAAUACACUGGACAUACUCAGAGGGAGCUUUGGACCAAAUGCACUGGCCAACCAAAUACCCUGCCUGUGGAGGUAAGAAGCAGUCCCCCAUCGACAUCCAGCGGCGCAGUGUGAGGCACAACCCUGACAUGCUGCAGCUGGAGCUCACAGGAUAUGAUGCUCAGCAGGGAAACUUCCUCAUGUCCAACAACGGACACUCUGUUCAAAUUGACCUGCCUCCCACCAUGGCGAUCAGCAAGGGACUUCCUGGAAGAUACACAGCGGUCCAGAUGCACCUGCACUGGGGCGGCUGGGACCUGGAGGCCAGCGGAGCUGAGCACACUGUAGACGGCAUCCGUUACAUGGCAGAGCUUCAUGUAGUCCAUUACAACUCUGACAAGUACAAGAGCUUCACUGAAGCCAGAGAUAAGCCAGAUGGGCUGGCAGUCCUCGCCUUUUUCUACGACGAUGGGCAUUUUGAGAACACGUACUACAGCGACUUCAUCUCCAACCUUGACAAAAUCAAGUAUGCAGGUCAGUCCAUGAACAUUUCCAGCAUCGAUGUACGCUCCAUGCUCCCUGAGAAUUUGAACCAUUUCUUCAGAUACCAGGGCUCCCUCACCACCCCACCCUGCUACGAGAGCAUCCUGUGGACCGUUUUUGACACCCCCAUCACUCUGUCACACAACCAGAUCAGGAAACUGGAGAGCACUCUAAUGGACAUCGACAACAAGACCCUGUGGAAUGAUUACCGCAUGGCUCAGCCGCUCAACGACCGUGUGGUGGAGUCAUCUUUCCUGCCACGUCUUGGGAAAGGAACUUUCUGUCGGCAGGAUGAGAUUGAAUCCAGGCUUCUGAAGAUCGAGGGUCUGAUAACAUCUCUUGGAAAGCAUGUGACGUCAGGUGGGAUUCGCAACUCAAGGCCUUCAAGAUAUGAGGCUCGUGCUCUGUUCCCUCUGGUACUCCAUUUCCAGGAGAAAAAUUCUGGUGGUUAUGCUCUGGCCCGUCCUAGCCAUCCCAUGGAACUGGCCUCCUUCACCAUCUGCAUGCACCUCCUGCCUCAGCUGGAGGGCGUCCACACCGUCAUUUCCUACUCCAGCAACGGCAACGAGAAUGAGCUUGGCGUCUCCAUUGGGGAGGACAGAGACGCCAGAGAGGUCGGCCUCUGGAUCGGCAAUGAGUUUGUCAACCUGCCGCACAACUUCAACUCCUAUGACUGGGUCAACUACUGCAUCACCUGGUCAUCUCACACGGGCGGUGCAGAGCUGUGGAUCAAUGGUAAGGUUGGGGAGCAGCGAUACCUGAAGAGUGGCUAUGACAUCAGCCCUGGUGGGGUGUUCAUCCUAGGAAUAGAUCAGGAUGGGUUACUGGGAAUCUCCACCAACAAAGCCUUUCAGGGAAUGAUGACUGAUGUCAACAUGUGGGACUAUGUUCUGACCACGGCAGACAUCCGAGACCAAAUGUCGUGUGAGAGAAACAGCACCAUGGUGGGAAACGUGUUCAGCUGGGGGAGCACCAAACUCAGCAUGUAUGGAGGAGUGCAGCUGGACACUCAGUACAGAUGCUCCUGAAAUACAUCAGCUGUUUUUGAUUGGUUUAAAAUGCAAAUUACCCCAAAAUAUCAUUGGUAAUGUUGAGGAUUAAAUGUGUUAUUUUUAAUUCAAACUUUAUCUUAUGACUUUUCUGUAUCCAUGCAUCAUCAAUAAAGAUUUCUAAGUGUC